GCUACCGUCGCGAAACUUGGAGCGUGCGCUCUCGAUCAUCGACACUCCCGGCCUGGACAGCCCAUCCGUAUGGAGGCAAGUCUCCGUCUUGGUUCAAUCCAAGGCUUUCCUGUUCCUUUGGGUCGCCUCCUUGGACUCCGCUUCGGCCUUUGGGCUGCAGGGCCAUCACCUCCUGGAGCUCCACAGGCGAAGUGGGCACCCGUUACCUCCUGUGCUGGUCCUCACCAAGUGGGAUCGCCUGAAGGCGCUCCCGGAGUUCCAGGAGGACCCUGCGGCCCUGGCAAGUCAGGCCCGGGAACGCUUGGCGCAGCUCCGGCGCAGCGCGUCUGCCCGAGCUGCCUUCUGCGUCCAGUGUGACACCACUGCAAGUCAAGCGUGGUGGACGCUUCUGGAUUGGAUGCUGAUGCUUGCAUUUGCCCAGUCACCACAGCCGCGCAUUGCAGACGCGGUGCCAGUGUCCGUGCUGCGGUCUCCACCUCAUGCAGAGGCCCCGCUUGGAGCAGGGAAGACGGAGCGGCGCACGCUAUUGGCCGGAAGCACAUGUGCAUUGGCUGUUGCUGCCCAGUGCCGAGAAAGAGUGAAGUGCAAGAGCCGCACGGCUGGGAAAGUCGUCUGCCGGGACCAAGCACUACCACAGAGCGACAACGAUGUGGGUUUGUUCAGCCAGGGGCGGGCCGUGUUCGACCAGCCCCCGAAGUCGAAAUCAGAUGUGCAGCCCGCUAUGCAGCAUCCAUCCGGCAGAAGGUUGAAGGUCAUCGUCUUGGGCAGCGGAUGGGGGGCAGCAUCGUUCUUGAACGCCUUGAGCCAGCAGGAGGCGCAAAUGUACGACAUCACGGUCGUGUCCAUGCGGAACUUCUUUCUGUACACGCCACUGCUGCCCACCUGCACGAUGGGAUCCAUCGAAGAGCGUUCCAUCGUGACUCCCAUCCGUGAGAUGGCCUAUGGCAAAGCCGACUUUCUAGAGGCGCGUUGUGAAGCCAUUGACCCAGAGAGCAAGAAGAUUCGAUGCAGCCGUGCAAUACGCUCCAAGGUCAGCUCCAGCUCCGACUACCACAGGUUCCCCGAGAAGCAGGCCGAGCAAAGGCAUGUCUUUGAGCUAGACUACGACAUGCUGGUCUAUGCAGUGGGCGCCGAAACUGCCGACUUCAACAUCCCAGGAGUUCGACAGCACACAUUCUUCUUCAAGGAGCUCCGAGACGCAAGAAACGUCCGCUCCCGCAUCUCCGAUCUCUUUGAGGAGGCUUCGCUUCCAUCGAUCUCCGAAGAGGACCGAAAGGCUCUUCUGAACUUCGUCGUCAUUGGAGGUGGACCAACAGGUGUUGAGAUUGCCGCCGACCUCGCAGACUUCGUAGAAGAGGACUGCCGCCGCCUGUACCCCAAGCUGUGUGAUCAGGUUUCUAUCUCUUUGGUGAACAUGGAGGACCAUCUGCUCUCCACUUACAGCCGCGAUAUUUCGAACAAGAGCUUGGAGAUCUUUGAGCAGAAGGGCGUGGAGGUUCUCAACGGCUGGAGGGUCACUGAGGUCACAGCUGACAAAGUGAAGAUGACAGACCGGCAUGCCAAUCUGAAGGAAUUACCCCACGGCUGCGUGAUCUGGGCAGCGGGUGUGAAGCCCAACAAGCUCACUGGCCAGGUCAAAGCUUCCCUGUGCGAAGUUCUGAGAGGACGGCAAGAUGACAAGGCGAACUAUGUCCAGAGUCGAGUGAGAGGCUUGGCCACUGAUGAGUGGCUGCACGUUUGGGGCAGCCUGGGCUCAAUUUUUGCGCUGGGCGAUGCCAGUUCAGUGCAACAAGACUGCGCUUGCCUUUAUGCAGAGGAGUUGUUCAAGGAGGCCGACGUGAACAAUGAGGGAAAGCUGUCUGUUGAAGCCUUGAGAGAUCUCCUGCGAGCGAAUGCUACGCGCCACCCGCAGUUCGAGGCCUAUGCCGACUACUUGGAGGAGGCAGUCAGCGACGACUUGACGGAAACCUUUGCAGAGAUCACGAAGAUGUUUGGGAAAAAGGUUUGGAAAGAACAGGUGGCGUGGCAGCGCAGGUACUCCUUGGGACAGCGGGUAACGGAGCGAAUCAAGAAGCGCAAUGCGCAGGAGAUUGAGCGGGAUCUUGACGAGGCCGAGGUGUUGCAGAGAGACUACAUCACCCUGGAAGGAUUCAAAGACCUGUUGAAGAUCAUCCACAAGACGCUGGAGACGUUUCCCCCAACCGCACAGGUGGCAGCUCAGCAAGGGCAGUAUUUGGCCAAAGUUUUCGCCUCCGGCCUCAUUCAUGGCGACCGGGAGCCUAUCGGGAAUUGA